GCUUAGAAGUCUUUUGAACUCUUGCUCGCGGCUGCUGAACCGAUCCGUGGUCGUGUUCCGGAUUCCGACGCAGUGGUUCUGCACCCGCUUUGCCAAAAUGUCGGUCAGCGAGCUUGCCUGCACUUAUGCUAGCCUCAUCUUGCACGACGAUGGCAUCGCCAUCACGGCCGACAAGAUAGCUGCUCUGGUCAAGGCUGCCAAUGUGCAAGUAGAGGGCUACUGGCCCGGGCUUUUUGCCAAGCUAUGCGAAAAGAGAAGCGUUGACGACCUCAUCACCAAUGUUGGAGGUGGAGGUGGUGGUGCUGUUGCUGUGAGCGCCGCACCUGCUGCUUCCGCUGCUGCAGAGGCUGCCCCCAAGGAGGAGGAGAAGAAGGAGGAGCCAAAGGAAGAGAGCGAUGAUGACAUGGGAUUUAGCUUGUUUGAUUAGAUGAUCAUUUGUCAAUUAAACACGACGGAUGAAUAUUUUUUCUCAUGUUUAGUUGGUGAGUUACUUGUGAAAAGGAAGUUUUUAACACCAAAAUUUCGUUCUCAAUGUUGUCCUCUUUGUAUCCUUGGAGUGAUAUUUCUGACAUAAAUGCAGGCUUCUGGGGGAUUGUUUCGUAGUGA